GUAACCGAGUCGCUGCGCCCUUCCUUUUUCUUCCUCCCCACAGAGAAGUGGCGGAAAAGGAGGUCGGCAAUGGCGCCGCCGGCUACGAAGGCCGUGCUGGGCGAGCUCAGGGUCUUCGACCUGGACGUGGCGGAGGGCGAAGACGGGGACACUGCAGCUGAGAAACGGAGCAGCAGAGGGAGCUGGCCUGUGCCCUCACGCAAGAUGGCGGCAACUGCGUCGCUCCUUCCGCUUACCCUGGAUGGGCGUUGAGGGCGGAAGUGCCUGGCGACAGGAGGAGAGCUGUUGGGGCGAGAGACCCCAGGAGACGCGCCCCAGCACGGACUGUUAUACGGCAAACUGGGACCCUCUCGGGGAAGAGGCUUAUUACCGGAAACUAGAUGUGUACAUCAUGGGCUGGAACCUGAGGGAGGACUUGCGAGACUGCUUGGUUGCUGCUGCUCCCUGUGGGGGCCCCAUUGCUUUGCUGAAAACCAAGAAAGAAAAAUCUCCCAGUUCCCGGCCACCUCUUGAAAUCUGUUUUGCCUCUGGGGUCCUCUUGGCUAGCAUUCCAUGGAAGAACUGCCCGGCUGUGCAUCUUGGCUUGACGACCAGCAAGGACCUCCUCUGCAUCCAAGAGGAUGGCUCAGUCCUCAUCUACAGCCUUUUCUGUGAGUUCAAGCGGCGCUUCAGCAUGGGAAAUUGUGUGAAACUACAUCUUGUCUCAAAAUAGACUGGAGGUAAACAGAACACGUGCAUCUUUUCCCUCUAGAGGCACCCUUCUAGGCCAGUGCUGUGGAAACAUGACCCUCCAGAUGUUGCUGAGCUACAACUCUCCUCAUCCUUGACCACUGGGGUACCAACAGUUUUUUUGGGCCUAAUACACUGUAUGUGGAUUGAGCCCUCCACUCAAUUUGCAAAAGAGGACUCACAUUUGCAUAAAAUUUGCACAUGCUUUGUGUCUUAUGACAAAUUUGUGUCUCUUGCAAGUAGGAUGGAAGGUCCAAAAACAAAUCAGGGCCACAAGCAUUUAAGAUGUCUGACGGAUAAUGUCAACGGGUGAAGCUUUUCCUUUUAAUAUUUCCUUCCUGGAAAAAGCAUAACCUAUUGAAUUUCUUCCUGCCACACAGCUGUUAAGAGCACAACGGCUGUGCUUAUCCCUUACAAUUAAUAAUAAUUUGUGUGCCUAAAUAUGAUACAAUAGGUCUUUUAUAUUUGAUCUCAAGCUAACAAUACUAUAUUCAGUUCAGGACUAUGCAUAGUAGUUCAAAUUGUGGAGUCAAAAGAAAUUUGAGAUUUAUAGUAACCAAGGGUCAGAUGCACAUGCUUGGAGAAAUUCAAGAUUAAAUUUUUGAGAAGCAAGCAGUGUGAUCUAGCAGCAUUUGUUGUGGGUAUUUAUACCUCAUAACUAUAACAAUGUUGUCAACACAGUUUCAAUGCUUACUUUUCUUACAAAAAGGAAAUUAUUUGUUUCUCACCUUUCACUAGCAAUAGUCCCAAAAGUGAGAUGCGGUGUUAACAACCCAGAAAAAAAAUGGUUGAAACUAAUGGUAUAAAAUCAGAAUACUUAAAACAGUGUUGUGGGACAGCUUCAGUCAAUAGUCAAUAGAAUAUGGCUCCAGCUAGUGUCAGCACCUGCCAUGUCUUGAAGGGGGAGGGAAUUCCGUAAUUUGCUUUUGACAUGAAUAUUCCCAAAUUAGUGUUUAUACCACCAGCAGCAUCCACCUCCCCCCUGAACCCCUUUAUUCCCCCUACCCAUGAAAAUGAAAUUAAUUCUCUCGCCCCAUGUUAUCUGUUUCAUUAUUUCUGUUUUCAAUAUUUAUAUCCUGCCUCUAUAAAAUAUUAAUGGCACCUUACAAUUAUUUCAAAAUAAUGAAAACAAAGUAUCAGUAAAACCAACAAAGUUUAAAAACACACACCCUAAAAAGUUUUUAAAAAGCAUUAAUAGUAGCAAUCAAGUUAAGGGUAAUAACUACAAAAGCUCACUGAAAUAAAACAGUCUUUGCUGCCUUCCUAAAAGUGAGGCUCUUCCAUAUCUUGGGUGCUACAGCUGAACUGACCAAGGAAUUUCAGAAGGAAAUCACCCUGUGUUUUAUAGAUUACAGCAAAGCCUUUGCCUGUGUAGAUCAUGAAAAACUAUGGAAUGCUUUAAAAGAAAUGAGGGUGCCACAGCAUCUGAUUGUCCUGAUGCACAACCUAAACUCUGGACAAGAGGCUACAGUAAGGACAGAAUAUGGAGAAACCAACUGAUUCCCAGUCGGAAAGGAUGUGAGAUAGGGGUGUAUUUUAUCACCUUUUUUGUUUAAUCU